UACGGUAGCAUGACGUACAUCUCGCGAUUGCACAUUUUUCACUUUCCACAUCCAGCAUGGCCGCGCUGUAUGAGGGAUUCACGUUGUGCGGACUUGCAUCAGGGCAGAACUUUCCUGAGACGUGCGUUCAAGGCGUUGAAUGUGGCAACGAUUCAGACCAUGUAGUAGUUACGGACUCCGGGAGAUCCGUAACAGUUUACAAAGUGUCCGAUCAGAAGCCUCUGGGUAGCUGGACAGUAAAACAGGGACAAACAUUGACCUGUCCCGCAGUGUGUAACACACUGACCGGGGAAUAUGUGGUGGUCACUGAUAACAAGGUUAUAAGAGUUUGGAAAGAUGAGGACAUCAAUUUUGACAAAGUAUUCAGAGCCACUGUGUCUGCUGAUAUAGACCGGGUCCACGCCGCCCGUGACAGGGAGCCGGCGGUGCUGUUCAGCCGCGGCGCUGUGAGACCGCUGGACUCCCUGCUGGCGGCUCCGCAGCAGCCCGUCGAGGACGUCCUGUCAGAGGAGGAGGUCAUCAGGUGGAGCGGCAGCGUCGUGGAGGGGAAGCAGCUGGUCGUCAUCUUCUCCACAGAACAGAACGGGAAUCACUUCCUGUAUCUUCAAAGAUUCAACCCAAACUCCACACAGAAGUACAGACUGGACACGGAGGGAACUGCCCACCAUCCAAUAAGUUUCUCAGCAUCUGUACAGGAUAACAGUAUAAGUCUUCUCUAUUUAUGUUCCGAUGGCAGUGUGUUCCAGAGCCUGGUUCAGAGGGGCGGGGCCCUGGGGGAGGAGCUGCAGACCCUGCCCCGCAGCCUGCUGCUCAGCUUGCCCGUGGGGGAGGGGGCCCUGGCCUCCGCAGCCCUGCUCGCCCUGGACCAGGCCCACGUGGCGGUGGUGGGCGUCCCCCACCCCUCCGCUGGGGCUGGGAAAGACUACCUGUGUAUAUGGAACACAAACUUCCAGACCCUGCAGGCAAGCAAGGAGAUGACCGGGAGAAUAUUUGGACAGAUCUGGGGCCACACGGGGAAGCUGUAUGUUCCCCACGGGAAGUCCCUGACCGUCGUGCCGUACGAGGUCCAGCGGUCCUCUCUCGCCACGGCCCUGGGGAAGCUCAAGCAGAGCGGAACCGAGGGAGCAGCUCCUGUCCUGUCGUGGAGUUCCCUGCUCCACGGAGACGAGGCCCAGCCACAGAGAGCCUCUCGAGGGGUGGAGACACGCAAGAGCAAACUGAGUCGAAAGAGUCAAGCAGGCUCCAGCCUCACAGUGGACCAAGUUCUUGAGCGAAUAACGGCCGCCCCAGAGGACGAGGUUCAGACGGAGGUUCAGGUGUACCUGAGCUCAGCCGCCGCCCCCGACCUCCAGCUCACCGCGGGCCGCCUGGCAUCUCAGCUGGUGGCGCGCAGCCAAUCGGAGCCCGGCUUCUACGCCCACGGUGCCCUGGCGCAGCUGGUGCGCACGCGCUGUCUGUGUCACAGUGUUUGCCCUGACCUCCUGAUGGUGGCUCUGGAGAAGAAGGACUACUGCCUCACGCAGCUCUGUCUGCAACACUUCCCCGACAUCCCAGAGGCUGUGACCUGCGCCUGCCUCAAGGCCUUCCUCAGUGUUCCGGACGGCGACCUGGAGGCGGUGAGCGUGGAGCUGGACAGCCUGUCCUUCAUGGAGAGCCUGCUCUCGGGGAGCGGCAGGGAGGAGGGCCAGCAGAACGGCUUCAGCCCCGUCCCCCCGGAGGAGGAGGAGGGGGAGGAGGAGGACAGCUGCGACGUCCACAGUGCCCCCUGCAGGCCGGAGAAGGCGCCGGCGUGGCUGGCGCGUGAGACCCCCUGCCCCGUGGGGCUGAAGAGGGCCGCCCUGCUGAACGAAGUCCUGCAGACGGCGUACAGCGAGAACUUCCUGCUCCCGCCCCUGAAAGACCUCUCGGCUCAGCAGGUUAUCCUGUUUCUCCAGUACCUUCACUUCCUGUAUUUGAAGUGUUCGCAAAAAAAUGUCGGUUCACAGACGUCUGGUUUGAGAUCACCUACAGUUACGCAGAUCGUGGACUGGGUUGGCUUGCUGCUCGAUGCUCAUUUCACCGUAUUGGUAAUGGCUCCUGACGCGAAGGAGCUGCUGUCCCAUCUCCACAAGUUUGUAAGAUCACAGGUUAAAUUGUUCUCUGAACUGGGGAAAAUUCAAGGGAGUCUUCAGGAGCUUCACAGGGCCAAGCCUUCUGAGGACGUUGGCCAGUACUCCAUCGAAGUGGUAGAGCUGUUUUAGAAAAAGAAGAGAUGUACAGAUUCUUUUAAUAAACCGUGCUGCUCUUUACCCUGUUCACCAUCAUUGACUCUGUGGUUGUGUACACUUUGCACCCCUUGCCCCAUAUAGUGACGUCCUCAACCCAUAAUUUAAAACAAAGGCAGUCAGCCAGUGCUUGAUAUUUCUGAUGUAUUCCUUUGAACACACAAAUUGUUGGUUGUGUAUAAGCAGACAUCUGAGCCGUGUGUUUUUCCCCACAAAAAUAUUUUUGUAAUCUGUGCCUUCAACUUUUCUUGAACAAUGCAUUUUAUUGGUAUGUUUUAUAGAAUAUUUUCCCCCUCUUACACCAUAUAUGACAUUUAUUGUCUGUGUUAGAUCUGGACUAUUGGAGGGUAAUCAAUAAAGUUUUUACCUUUUUUUUCUACUGGAAGUCGAGCGAAUCUUCAAGAACUGUCCUCCAGUAUUUGCUUCCGUAUGUCAUCAGUGAAUUAACAUGUUCUGCUGUUGUGUCAUUUAAAAUAAAACAAGUUGUCCAGCUUUUAA